GCGGCGGCGGCGGCGGCGGCGGCGGCGGGCCCGGCCCGGCCCGGCCUCGCGGGCCUCGCCAUGAACCCCCGGGGCCUGUUCCAGGACUUCAACCCCAGCAAGUUCCUCAUCUACGCCUGCCUGCUGCUCUUCUGCGUGCUGCUGCCGCUGCGCCUGGACGGCGUCAUCCAGUGGAGCUACUGGGCCGUCUUCGCCCCCAUCUGGCUGUGGAAGGCGCUGGUGAUGGUGGGCGCGGCGGUGGGCGCCGCCGUGUGGGCCCGCAACCCCCGCUACCGCGCCGAGGGCGGCGCCUGCGUCGAGUUCAAGGCCAUGCUCAUCGCCGUGGGCAUCCACCUGCUGCUGCUCAUGUUCGAGGUGCUGGUGUGCGACCGCGUGGAGCGGGGCACGCACUUCUGGCUGCUGGUCUUCAUGCCGCUCUUCUUCGUGUCGCCCGUGGCCGUGGCCGCCUGCGUCUGGGGCUUCCGCCACGACCGCUCGCUGGAGCUGGAGAUCCUGUGCUCGGUCAACAUCCUGCAGUUCAUCUUCAUCGCCCUGCGGCUGGACCGGAUCAUCCACUGGCCGUGGCUGGUGGUGUUCGUGCCCCUGUGGAUCCUCAUGUCCUUCCUCUGCCUGGUGGUCCUCUACUACGUCGUCUGGUCCCUCCUCUUCCUGCGCUCCCUGGACGUGGUGGCCGAGCAGCGGCGGACGCACGUGACCAUGGCCAUCAUCUGGGUCACGAUCGUCCUGCCCCUGCUCACCUUCGAGAUCCUGCUGGUGCACCGCUUGGACGGGCACAACGCCUUCUCCUACGUCUCCCUCUUCGUGCCCCUCUGGCUGUCGCUGAUCACCCUGAUGGCCACCACCUUCCGGCGGAAGGGGGGCAACCACUGGUGGUUUGGCAUCCGCAGAGACUUUUGCCAGUUUCUGCUCGAGAUCUUUCCGUUUUUGCGCGAGUAUGGGAACAUCUCCUAUGAUCUGCAUCACGAAGACAGUGAAGAUGCUGAAGAAGCCUCGGGGUCGGAAGCCCCGAAAAUCGGUCCCAUGUUUGGGAAAAAGACCAGGGUAGUUAUAACCCAAAGCCCUGGGAAAUAUGUUCCCCCGCCUCCCAAGUUGAGUAUCGAUAUGCCAGAUUAAGCUCGCGGGAAGCACCCAUGAGUGGAAUAGAAAACCACAUGCACAGAACACAAGGUCCACUGAGCUUUUUUUUUUUUCCAAUCCUUCCCCAAGUGAAGUGGGGGAAAAGGCUCCAAACCUCUAACCUUGUUUGUUGUCAGAGGUUACUUGAACCCGAGGCUCUGUAUGUGUGGUGUGUGUGUGUGUGUGUGUGUGUGUGCAGGCUGGUGCGCCGGUUUAAAGCUGUGUGUAUGUGUGUGUGUGUGUGUGUGCGCGCGCGCGCGCACGCGCGUGUGUAUCGCCAGCUUGCUUGGGACCAGUAGUUUGAAUGGUCCCGGUUUUCCUCAAAAGCAAAGAGCCACGCUGAUGUGGAGAGGUGGUUGUUACACGGUACUCUACCUGUUGAAAGUAUUGUUUUUUUAAAAAGUAUUUUUGUAUACUGCUGGUCUCAAAUUGUAUUUCAGAUGGUUCCUGUUAUGAUCCAAGAGCCCCCACUAAAGCGUUCUCCGUGCCCACCUCUUGUUCAUAAACCUCCUAGUUGCUGGGUUUUUUUAGUGUGUAUCUGCUGUUCAGAUAGUUCUCCUGUGGCCUGGGUGACGCCGGUCUUUACUCCCCUUGACAGGGGGAUUGUUCUAAUGCAGUGACACCGUGCAGGUAGGAUAUUUAUCAAUUUUAGCAGUGUGAUGUAUUUUGUUGAAUUGUAGUUCUAUGCAGUCCAAUGUAUUAUGUUAAAAGUAUUUUUUUAAGUUUCUAUUGUGCAGGUCUGUCUCUGGCAGAUGUCCUUAAAGAUGGCUUAUGACAUUAA